AUGAACAAUAUUCGCUAAUCAAAUGAACUAUAAUUAAUUAAGAGAAAGUCACCCUAUUAAUUAUAAGAAAAACCAUAAAAACUUAUCAAAGUGUCAAUCAUGUCUCAAAAUCAAUUCAAAGAAUUUCUUGAAUCUCUAUCACUCAAUUUCACGUAAUUGAAUCACAAUCUACAACUAAUGCUCACUCUUUAUAAUGUACAAAUAUUUCAUGAAAAUGACAACUAUCAACUCCUUACUACUAACUCUGAUGUUGAUUCAUUAACCAAAUAUUAAUAACAAUGGUUAAUUAAAACCAUUUGUAAACUUGGAGUCAAUCAUCAAUUCUGGCCUGAAAUUUCAAAUGUUUUAAAUAAAACACUUUCAUAAAUUAAGGCCUUUUGGAUUACUCUACAAGAUAAUUGGACAAGUGAAUAAGACAAUAAGUUGAUUCAAUUUCGAAAUUAAUAGCUAAAUUGGUUAGAAAUAUCAUUGAGGCUUGAUAAAAACACAACUAACUCUAAACAUAGAUGGAACAAUGUACUUGAUCCUAGUUUAUCUAAAACUCCUUUCACUAUUCAAGACGAUAUCUUAUUACUCUAAAAAGCUAUUUAAUUAAACUUCGAUUGGAAGAAAAUAUAAAAGAUUAUAUAACCCAAAAGAAGUCAACCAGAUCUUAUCUCUAGAUUUAUCAAAUUAUAAUCUCAAUAUAAAAAUAUUGACAAUCUUAUCCAAAGAGUUUAAUUUACUAUUGCUUAAUUACCAAAACUUGAUAAACAUUCUAUGCGCAUCCUCCCACAAUAAUCAACUAUUAUUGAAAAGACUGUUGUAGAAUAUGAAACACUUUCCAUUCUAGAUCUUAAUUUAUUAGAUGCUAUGUCACUAUAAUUCUGUCUAGUCAAGCAUCAAUAGAUAUUUUUUGUUACUCUUGAAUACAUGCAAUAGUUAGUUAAUUUGAAGUUAAAUUAAAGAAAACUAUUACAAUUUAUGAAAUAAUGA